CUGCAGGUCUGCGGGUCUGAGUGUCGCGGCGGCGCGCUCGCGGCGAGAAUCGGGAAGAGGAGGAGACGGCAAGGAUAGGCCCAGGAGCAAUGGCGUCCAAAGAGGAAGCAGCAGUAAAAAAUCUCAAAGUGGCAAAUGCCGAACAGGAAAACGAAGGAGAGGACCCGGCCCCUGUACAAAAUGGAGAGGAAUCAUGCCAUUUGAAGAAGGGUGAAGGCCAGAAGCCUGGAGGAAAUGUUAGGCUGGGGCGAGUUAGGCGCCUUGUCCCUAAUUUUCGAUGGGCCAUACCUAACAGGCAGCCUGAUCACAAUGAAGUGGGAGAUGAUGUAGAGAAGUUCAUAGGGCAGAUGAUGGAAAUCAGGAGAAAGACUAGGGAGCAGCAACUGAGGCAUCAUAUGCCUUUCCAGACUCCUGAACCUGAUAAUCAUUAUGACUUUUGCCUUAUCCCUUGAAUC